AUGGAAUUCGAUCCUACGGUGAAUCAUUCAUAUGCGGUGGGUCGACGGGAUUACAGUCAGAAGGUGGCGUACUUUUACGACCCGGACAUUGGUAGUUAUUACUAUGGUCCCGGACAUCCGAUGAAGCCGCAGAGGAUUCGGAUGGCGCAUUCGUUGAUUUUGUCAUAUGGAUUGUAUAAGCACAUGGACGUAUUUCGGCCACAUGAUGCGGGACACGUGGAGUUGGCUCAGUUCCACGACAGUGAGUAUGUGAAUUUCUUAUCGGAGAUAACGGUGGACAACUUCAAGAUGUAUGGUGGGCGUUUGAACCGAUUCAAUUUGAGUCAGACGGAUGAUUGUCCAGUAUUUGACGGGUUAUUCGAGUUUCAAUCAAGUUGUGCGGGAGCGACGAUCGACAGCGCAAUGCAGCUUAAUCAUCGUAAUUGUGACAUCGCGGUGAAUUGGAGCGGCGGAUUGCACCACGCAAAACGGUCGGAGGCGGCGGGUUUCUGUUAUGUGAACGAUAUUGUGCUAGGCAUAUUGGAGUUACUAAAGUACCACGCUCGAGUAAUGUACAUCGACAUAGACGUACACCAUGGCGAUGGCGUCGAGGAAGCCUUCUACCUCUCCCACCGCGUCAUGACCGUCUCCUUCCACAAAUACGGCGAGUUCUUCCCUGGCACCGGCGACGUUGUAGAUGUUGGAGCCGGCGCCGGCCGCUAUUACGCCGUCAACGUUCCGCUCGAUGACGGCAUCACAGACGAAAUGUACGUCACACUUUAUAAACAAAUCAUACAACGAUGUGUAGACGUCUACCGCCCUGAAGCCAUUGUCCUCCAAUGCGGCGCUGAUAGCAUCACGGGCGACCGCCUGGGCAAUUUCAACAUGACCACCAAGGGACAUGGAGCCUGCGUACAAUGGACCAAAAGCCUAGGUAUACCCUUGAUUAUCCUCGGAGGUGGUGGCUACACAAUACGGAAUGUCGCCCGUGCCUGGGUUUACGAAACCGCUGUCGCACUUGGCAAACAUGAAGAUAUCGAUAACCGAGUCCCCGUCAACGAGUAUUACGAGUAUUUCGGACCGCACUAUAACCUACAUUUGGAGCCGGACCCCACUUCGGGGAACAAGAACAGCGAGGCGUAUGUACAGCAAAUCAAGACGAAGAUUUUCAAGCACCUGGCGCAGCUGGAGCACGCUCCGAGUGUCCAAUUCUCACGUGUGCCUGCAGACUUCUUCACACCCGCUGUGGCCCCCGAAGAGGACGAAGAUGAAAUUGACCAGUACACGGUGGAGUGGGAAGGCGGAGGAUUGGCGGACAUCUACGAAAUGAUGAUUCCACAUAGACUCCGCCGAGCCAACGUCGAUGACUACGACGAUCGCGACCAAUCCAUGAAACAUCUCGAAAUCGCUAAAGGACACACCGACCUUAUUGUUAACGGCGACUGA